UCUAAUUAAAACAAUUAACAGCUUUAUUCGUCUUAUGUGGACAGAACACUGCGUUUAAUUUAUUUUCUUCGUCGCCGUGAUACCAAUCUCCUUCACUGCAUUUAAUCAAUUUUUUUUGUUUUCAUCAAAGUGUCUUCCUGUACGAUCCAAUCAAAUCCUAAUCCAUUGGAGCGUGGUGGUUACCGAGGUGGUCGUGGUGAUGGCCGUGGCAGAAGCGGCGGAGGUCGUGGUUACGACGGAGGAGGAGGAGACCGUGGUCGCAGUUAUGGCGGCACAGAUCGCGGUCGUGGUCACGGCACAGAGUGAGACGGCGGUAAUCGUGGUCAAGGUCGUGGUGAGCAUCAUGAUUUCAGAAGCCAGGGUCAUUGGGGACCUCCAUCUGGUCACGGUGGCUGUGGGACUCAGUUUCAGCAACCUUGACCACAGGCGGCUCCUCAGCCGCCGCCAGCUCAGGUGACACAAGUAAGUCAUGCUAGAGGCGCCGGUAGGGGAUCUUGGUGUCGUAAGCCACAGGUUUCUCCAGCUUCGGCUUCUCCGUCCACCUCUGUCGUGGUUUCUGAACCCGUUGGUGUUGCUGAAGUGAUGAAUCCAAGACCAUCUGUACAAGGUUCGUCUACUAUUGAUAGGAAAGAACCACUGAAGCGACCUGAUAGAGGCGGUGUUGUGGUUGUGCGGCGUGUUAAUCUAUUUGUCAAUCACUUUAGAGUCAACUUCAAUCCGGAUACUGUCAUAAGACAUUAUGAUGUUGAAAUCAAAGGAGAUAAUCCUACUAAGAAGAUAUCGAGGUUUGAGCUAGCUAUGGUCAGAGACAAGGUGUUCACCGACAAUCCCCAAGAGUUUCCCUUUGCUAUGACUGCUUAUGAUGGUCAGAAGAACAUUUUCAGGGCGGCUGAACUGCCUACGGGAUCAUUCAAUGCGGAGUUCCCGGGAACUGAAGAGCUGAGAGGUCGUAGCUAUACGUUUACCAUGAAGCAGUUGAAUGCGCUGAAGCUACGUGACUUGAAAGAGUACAUGACAGGGAGUACGUCUUUGAAUCCGCGUGAUGUAUUGCAAGGGAUGGAUGUUGUGAUAAAAGAGCAUCCUUCGAAGUGUAUGAUCAGUGUUGGUAAAAGCUUUUUUCACUCGUGAGACUGAGCCUGGUGAAGACUUUCGCUUCGGGAUUGCAGCUACGAGAGGGUAUCGUCAUACUCUGAAGCCCACGACACAAGGUUUAUCAUUGUGCUUGGACUACUCCGUGUUGGCGUUUCACAAAGCAAUGUCAGUCAUCGAGUAGAAGUUGUACUUUAACUGGUCUGAUAUGCGUCAGUUCAGGAAUUGUAGGCGUGAUGUGUGGAACGGGAAUUGGACCAUAAAUAAACAUCACGGUUAAACAAAAUAAAAAAAGGCCUGCUGAAUUAGACCGACA